GUAAGUGUCAGUUUACUGAAUGCGGUGAAGGUGAAGUUUGUUUUCUUUCUGGUGCUGACGCAGAAUGUGCUUGUCUUGGUGCAUCAUCAUGUCCAGAUGAUGGUCAUCCAGUUUGUGGAAGGGACAGUGUGACAUAUAACAGUGACUGCCACUUGACAGUAACAGAAUGUCAGACGAAACGAACAAUUGGCAAAGUUCGAGAUGGCAUGUGCAUUAUGGCCGGUUUUUGCCAACUGCAGCCAAUAACACUUGACGUUGCUGUUGAGUGCAAUUCUCACAUCUACUGGGAUAAAUAUGAACAAAGAUGUAAAAUUGUGCAGCCCAAUGAAUGCGUACCUGGACUAUAUGGUUUUUCAUCCCUGGGAGAAUGCACUGAAAAGUGUAGUGAAGGUAAAUAUUGUGAACAACCAUUGGAUCCAGGUGAAUGUGAUGUACCAGUUACGAGAUGGCAGUAUGAUUCCAUAUCACAGGAUUGCUUUUCAUUUACGUAUUCUGGAUGCGGUGGGAAUGAAAAUAAUUUCAUGACACGAGAUGAAUGUUUGAUUGCCUGCCCUGGAAUUA